AUGAGGCUUCUACACACGACGGAGCUUAAGCUCUACUCCUUCAACGAGGUCGGAAAGGAUGUUCCCACAUACGCGAUUUUGUCCCACACCUGGGGCAAGGAGGAAGUCACAUUCCAGGACAUCCACUGCAAUCCGGAUGUGGCUAGCAUGGCAGGAUAUCAAAAGAUUACCGCCAGUUGCCGGAUUGCUCGCAGAGAAGGCUAUCAGUUCAUCUGGAUCGACACCUGCUGUAUCGACAAAAGCAGCAGCGCUGAGCUUUCCGAAGCUAUCAACUCCAUGUACCGGUGGUACGAACAUUCCGCCAUGUGCUUUGCCUUUCUGGAAGAUUUUGUUUACCCGUAUACACACUCUUACUGGGUCACGAAGAAACGUGUUCGAGAGCCAGACCCGCCUGUAGAAACUUUUGAAGAGAGUUUCUGCAACAGCCGAUGGUUCACAAGGGGUUGGACACUGCAAGAGCUCAUUGCACCGCCGAACCUGCGAUUCCACGAUUGUAACUGGCGUCUUAUCGACACGAAGGAUGGGCUCUAUUCGCUGAUUUCCAAGAUCACCGGUAUUGAUGAGGAUGUGCUUGCGAGACCAGGCGAGCUGCAGAAUGCCUCCGUUGCACAAAGAAUGUACUGGGCCAGCAGACGAGAAACAACACGAUCUGAGGACUUGGCUUAUUGCCUCAUGGGAAUUUUUGGUAUAGCUAUGCCCCUGUUGUACGGGGAAGGGGGAACCAAAGCAUUUCUACGUCUGCAGCAGGAGAUCUUGAACUCCACCGACGACCAUUCCAUCUUUCUAUGGACACUCCCGCCACACAAAGUCGUGCACAAUGAACUACGGGGUUUAUUGGCAGAGUCUCCGAGCUGGUUUUCUCACGCAAGGCGGAUAUCACAGUCCCAGCACUCCCACGAAGAUGACUGUUCGACCUUGUCUCGCAUCACCAACCGCGGCCUGUUUCUGGAGCUUCCAGCUGUCGAUCUGGACAAAGAUGGGGUCGGUGACGUUUUACUUCUUCCCAGCUGUGACAUUGAACCCGGGAUACCAUCCGCAAUAAUCGUGAGAAAGAUCGAUGGCACGGUCAAUGAUGAAUACGCAAGGAUUCUCGUAGGGGUUCCGAUGGCCAUCAAAUCAAGAAGAAUCGCGAUUUGGGAAGACACAGUUGUUGACGAGGUGACGCAUGCUACGGUUCGAAUGUAUUCCCGUCUAUUGAUUGAACGACGGAGCAUUUACAAAAAGAGUUUAUACGUGUCCCAAAGGCCCCAGCCGCAGCCUUGGAGAGUUCAAGGCUAUUGGUUCACAAUCUGGAACGAACCAAGCGUCUUUCGCAUCGUUGCAGGUUGCGAAAACCUCUCCAUAGGGUACGUGUAUCACCAGCCAGUGGUAGUAUCACAGAGGAGUGCAUUAUCAACGUCUCAAUGGAAACACGACCGGCAGAGCUAUUCCAUUUUCAUCGACAUCAACCAUUUAUACAAACAUAGGAAUGUAGGCGACCACCAGCGUGUCAUAUCACUCGCCGCUCUUGACAUGGAGGUUUGGAUGAAACUCAAAAGGUUUCCAACUAUUGGUUCGCCUUUUUCCUCUGGCGAAGCAGAUGUUGGAGCGGGAAGAAUCUUGCAACUUCGGCUGAUACUGGGUGCUGAUUUCAACUAUCAUAAUGGCCUCUCUCUCAUCCCAACCAUUACACCAGCUUGGUCGUUGGAGCUCACAAACAACCAACUCAGACAAGAAGGCCCGCGUGUGGCUCUAAUCGAGCCAAACAGCAAAGAAGUUUCCUUGAGACCUGUUGGAUUGGAAGACCUUGUCGCAUACGCCGAGAUCAAGAGGGAAGAAAGGGAUCUGAGAAUGUGGUAUGUGGUCAGCUUUGGGAUCAAACGAGCGGGUCAUGCAUAG